AUGCAGCUGAAAGCAUCAGAGAAGAACCAGCAGAGCACGGGUGUCGCAGAAACGACCAGCAUUCCUCUCAUAUCAUUGAAAUCACCCGACGCCUUGCAUGGGAUUCGUCGCUCGACUCGCAAAAAACGGAGUAUCGGGCAUCUCGAUCAAUCCAAAAACUCCCCUCAUCUUCAAAGCCCUACCGGAGAUAAAGAUUGCGACAAAAGAGCACGACAUGGUUAUGAGCGACAGCCCAGACACAAGACCCACGAUGAUCAUUACGAGUACAAAGAGUCAUCAGCUGCAGGAUCUCGACCAGAAGCCCGCAAAGGCAGGGCUAAUAAUAGACGUGGCAGAAAGCACACGUUGACUGAUGGUUUUCAAGAAAUGACUGUCACUGGAAACAGGCUGACGAUUCCCAAUCAAGCUAGUCUGGGCAUCUUCAACAAGGGAAAGACAUCUUCAGCGGCUGGGCACCUCGCAAACCGACCAUGGGUUGAUAUUACGAAGGAUGUGCCGAGGAAGUGGUCCAAGAGGAACCCAGCAGAGUCUGACCUGGCCUUUUCCGAGAUGAAUUUCUUAUCACGGAGAAAGAACAUCAGCCCGGGGCCAACUUUGACUGCUCCCGAGGAUACCCCGUGUGCGCAGCGUGAAAAGCGGAAUCAAUCAAAUGCGUCGACCUAUCCGCUUUCAAAGAGUGUAUCAAAGAAGCACGCGCGAAGGUCAUGCCACGGCUUAGGGCAACAGCGCGACGUGUCUCCCACCCGCCUGUCCUCGUUUGUCAUUGCCCCCAUUCACAAGAUUUCGUUGGCUUCCAGGCCAUCUGGUUGUGCUUCUCCAAGUGAGAUGUUCGACGAGUCAUCUUCAUCUUCUCCGUAUAUCUGGCUCGAGAGCGAAGCCCACGAUACACUCCUUGAGUUUACUCUGCAACAAUGCCUCCUUGAGGCUUUGCACAGUGGUUUGAACUCACAAGGUGUCUAUGAAACUACUUCUGAUUAUCUUUCAGACAUUAGGUAUUGGAGUAUCGCCGAGCUUUGGAUAUUUUUAGAAGAGCGAAAAGCAACAUGGCCGACAGGGAUCGACAGAGAGCAACCCCGGUCUUCUCGACCCAAAUCGAGGGAUCAGGAUACAGUCAAACAAGCGGUACAACCAUCACCUAAAUACAUUACACCGCCCAAACUGGGGUUUGUUUGUGCAGAUACCAACGAGAGAUUCCAGGCAUGCCCCACUCCGAGCGACGCACUUGAACCAUCCUCCGGGAUGCAUAAUGAUUCACUGCUCUGGGAGAAUAAAAGCCGCCCUCAUCAACCGAAAACACGACGCGGAGAUGCCUCAUUGCGGACAGCCAGAGACUACGACCGCUCGGGUGCCUUUGCUGAAGGUUGCCAAAGUCCGCCUAGAGCAAAGGCCAAGCACUUCUCCACGUUCUCCCAACAAUAUUUGCCCAUAAUCACUCCUGUUCUUGGUAUGGAGGAAAUGAACCACGUCUCGGAUGACGUCUUAUUCUAUGAAACACUUGAAGCUGCUUACAACGCUAUCAUACACCCCAAAGCUACCGAACAAGCACUAGUCUUAGAUGACCUCGACCUAACUAUCCUCUUCGGGUCUUCAAGAUUCAAUGAAACAGGUGAUCCAUUUACUACCCCCGAAUCAGUGCGAGGAAUGAGCGGUGUUAUCACUACUCAAGCCGGGGAUACAGAGCAUCCACCACCCCUUGCUCAAAGCAUCAAGCAGGAGAGGGCUGACACAAGAAUCUUGAGGCCAAGUCACCAGGAUGAGCAGCUCAGGAACUCAUCAAGGGAUGGAGAACUUGAUCAAAACACAACCCUGCCAUGGCUGACUCAGUACAACAAGUCACAGUUACACGUCCCGAUCUUGCGCACAUUGGAGCGAAAUCAGGACCCAGAUCUAUCCCACUUUGGGCGACAUAACAGGUUGUAUUGA